AUGUCUUCCACUACAACAAUAGCGAUUGCUGGCUUCACAGGCAGAAUGGCUCGCUUGAUCACCAAUUUUAUCCUUCAGGACCAUCCAGAUGCAAUAAUCCAUGGUAUUUGCCGCUCAGCUAGUAAGGUCGACGCAAAUGUACGCUUGAAUCCUCGGGUUAGACUGUUCGAGGCCAGUUCCACAGAUAUCUCAACCAUUCGCGCUGCUCUAGCCGGUACAGCCGUAUGCAUAUGUUGUUAUCUCGGCGACAGCAAACUCAUGGUCGAUGGCCAAAAGAUUCUUAUCGAUGCAUGUAUUGCAGAGAACGUUCCUCGCUACAUCGCUUCUGAUUAUACUUUUGACUAUCGAACUCUUAAACUCGGCGAUUAUCCCGCCAAAGACCCAUCGAUACAUAUUCAUCAGUAUCUUCAGGAGAAAGAGGAAACGGAAAAUAUUAGAGGUGUUCAUGUACUCAACGGAGCAUUCAUGGAAUUCAUAUGGAGUCCUCUCCUUGGUUUUGUCAAUGCUGCAGAGGGCAAAUUUCGCUAUUAUGGUACCGGUGAUGAGCAGUUGGAGAUGACUGCCAUGAAAGACGCCGCGAAAUUUGUAGCAGCAGUUUCUAUGGAUCCGAAAGCUGUUGGGGCUGUGAAAUAUCGAGGAGACUCAAAGAGCAUCAAGGAAUUAGCUUAUCUAUACCAGGAGACCUUUAGAGUUGAACCAAGUAUCCAGGGGCUUGGAUCACUCCAAGAUCUCCAUGGUAAUAUGACUUUUGUUUUCAAGGAAAAUCCAAGGAACGGAUUUUCUUGGAUUGGUUUGUAUGGCCAAUACUGGAUGUCUAACGGCCAGACAUUAUUGGGUGAUACAGAUAAUGGUCGUUUUCCGGAGGUGGUACCUACUACCGUGGAAGAAUUUCUAAAAGGGCACACGAAAGAAAGCUUGGGUAAAAGUACACAAUUUUGA